AUGGGCGACAACGAGCCUGUUGCAGGCGAGCGCGAGGCAGCGGCAGGGCCCAGCUCGCCCUGGCGUCUCGCGCACGUCCUGGCGCAGCACACCUCAGACGUCAAGGCGCUGCACGCCUGCGUGCUCGAGCCUGGCAUCAUCGACGGCGCAGACAUGCCCAUCGAGGCGCUCUUCUCCGCCUCGCGCGACGGCACGGCACGGGCAUGGGUGCGCCAGCUCAGCUGCGGCGCUGACGGCGAGCAGCGGCGUGGGCCAUGGGGAGAGCACGGCGCAUGGGCAGAUCCGCAAGGCCGCUAUCUCAACGCUGUACACUUUGUGGGCGGUUCGCGACCGCAGCUUCUCACUGCCGGCCUCUCGGGAGAGGUGCUUGUCUUUCCCUUCCCAGCCGCGGCGCAGAGCGGCGCUCCAGUCUCCAAAGGGCUCCGUCUCUCGGGCCACGAGGCGAACGUAACUGCGCUCCACUCGUUCGUCGACGGCACACGCCAUCUUCUCGUGUCGUCAAGCUGGGACGGCUCUGCACGUACCUGGAGCCGUGCCGAUGAUGAGGAGACAUGGACGUCACUCGACACCAUGUGGCAUGACUGUGCCGUCUGGGACGCUAGCGUGUGCGGAGUGCACGAGGGGGAGCCACGAGUGCUGACUUCGGGCGCUGAUCGCUUCGUGCGUCUCUUCCAUGGCUCGUCGCUCGUGCGCGUGUGGGCUGGACACGACGACGUAGUGCGAGCGCUAGUCCCCCUAAACGAGCCUCGAGUACUCGACGGAGCGAUGCCCGAGUUCUACGCCGCAGAGUCGCUCUUCCUCACGACGUCCAACGACGGCAGUGCGCGAGUAUGGUCGCUGGAUGAGCGGCGCAGCCCACCUGGCGUGCCCACGAGCGGCGGCGAGGCACUGCGAGUCUUGUCCACGCCGCGCGAGCCAUUCGUCUACGCUGCGGCUGCGCAGGGCAGCUUGGCUGCCACUGCCGGCGAAGAAGGCGCGGUACGUUUGUGGAGCUGGGAGAGCGCGGCUCUGCAGGACACGAUUGCACAGCCGAGCAUCAGCAUUUGGGCGGUAGCUUUGCUGCCGUGCGGCGACCUUGCCGCCGCCUCGAACACCGGACGGAUCUGCAUGUACACGACUGGGCACGCCGAGGAUGGCGAGGUCGACGAGGCAGAGCGUCGCGCGCACGACGAGGCCUGCGCGGAAGUAGUGAAGCGAACGCAGCGCAGCGGCGGGCCUACGGCGGAGGUGAUCGCGGCCAGCGGCGAUGCGGCACCGCAGAAUGAGCGGCAGCUGCUCGAUGGUGUGCCGUACGACGCCGUGCUCUGCAUCGACGUCAGCGACGACGCGCCGCCGCUGCAGCUCGGGCUCAACGCUGCCGAUGACGCCCAUGAGGCAGCGCUCGCCUUCGUGGCCAAGCACUCGCUGCCCGACUCGUACGUCGCGCAGAUCGAGGACUUCAUCCAGCUCGUGGCGCCCCGGGUAGCGCGGUAG